AUGGCGCUUUCUAGAUCUCUGGUUUUUGCUUUGAUCAGUUGGGUUACGUUCAUCUGUCUUGAUGCACAAAAAACCACAAGUAUAAAUUGUGACACAACCCCGAAAGUACUCGCGCUGUCAGGCUUUUUGGAUGAAUAUACAGGUGAUAUAGAAUGGAUCACAGAUAUCCCACCCAAUGUGAAUCUGAAAUUAAAACAAUAUGUGUUCCCCGAACACUUACCAUAUGUGGAGCUAGUAUAUAACUCUGGUUCUAAAAAUGCAACAGUGAGGACUCGUAAGAAACUGGAUGUUGAGGCUAUUGAGACUGACCAUCUUUUUUAUGCUGUUGUUUGCCAAAGGAUUGGAACGAUUAAUGAGGUAGAGAAUGCACGAGACUUAGCCAUAGAAGACAUAAAUGACAAUGUUCCAGAAUUUCAACAAACACACUAUAAUGCUUCAAUAUCAGAGGUAUCUGCAAUAAAUUUCACAGUUAUAAAAGUGGAAGCUGUGGAUAGAGAUUUUUCACCUACUUGGAACUUCCUUACUUACAGUCUUUCAGGUCCAAACUCUGAUUACUUUUAUAUAAGGGAAGGAGAUGGAAACAUCAUGGUUAAUAAAACAUUGGAUUACAACAAGAUCAACCUUUUCAAUUUAACAGUUGAAGCAAAGGAAAAAUUUGGAAAUAACAGGGAUACUGCAUCAUUACUAAUUAAUGUACAAGAUUAUGAUACGAUGAACCCCUAUUUCAGUCAAUCAGUGUACAAUGGAAACAUCAGUGAAAACCAGUUGGGUCCUCUGACUAUUCUCCCAGAGAAGAUAUUAGCUAAAGAUGGAGAUACAGGUAUAAAUGAAAAAGUACUUUACAGCAUCAAACUAGUGAAACCCCCGGCCUACAACAACACCCUUUCAAUCGAUGCAGACACUGGAGUGUUGGAAGUAAAGACUGCAGUUGACAGAGAAGAAUGUCCCUAUCUUGUUGUGGGCAUUCAGGCAACUCAGCAAGACAAUACUUUCAAAACAGCUGAUGCAGUAGUUCUGGUUACUAUUGAAGAUGAGAAUGACAAUGAUCCAGUAUUGUCACCAUCAGCUUACAAUAUCUCAAUUCCCGAAAAUUUCCCAAAUGGGACAGAAAUUCUUCAAGUAACAGCUACUGACAAAGAUGAGGGAGGCUUCCAGGGAAUGUUGAGUCUCAGUCCAGCUGACAGUCCCUUCCAGCUCAGUCAAGCUGGGAUCCUAACUGUGGGGAACUCCAUGCUGUUGGACAGGGAGAGAACACCAUCUUUUCACCUACAGGUCACUGCUCGAGAUCAUUUACCACCUAACCGUGAGGUAAACUCUACAAUCAACAUAUUGUUGUUGGAUGAAAAUGACAACAGCCCAACCUUUAGAGACACGCCAUAUAGACAAGAUAUUUUCACCAACAUGACUAAAGGAAUGUCCAUUCUUCAGGUUGCUGCUGCUGAUCCGGAUGAUGGUAUAAAUGGAGAGAUAAGCUUUAUCUUAGCUGGUGGCAAUGAAGAGGAAUACUUUGGAUUGAAUACAUCCACGGGACAAAUCAGUUUAGAAAGAGUAAUCCCAUUAGGAGUCAACCAGCGUAAGAACUUUGUCUUGUGGAUAACAGCUAUUGAUGGUGGGACGAUUCCAAGAAGUUCAUCAGUGCCAGUACAAAUCUUUGCAGUUGGAGAUUCCAGACCUCGGUUUAUUCAGAAAACAUAUAACGUGUCUGUGGAAGAAGAGCUACCCAGUCCUGUUGAAGUAGCAAGAGUAGAGUAUGAGUCUUUAAAUCCUCAUAUACCAAUUACAUUUCAAGUAUUGACGGAAUCUGCUACAUUUGACAUCGAUGUCAAUGGAAUCAUCUCGACAAAAACCAAACUGGACUACGAAUCCCAGAAUAAUUAUAUACUAAAUAUUUCCUUGUCAGAUGGAAAUGGUACUGACUACGCUACAGUGUUUAUCAAAGUUACAGAUGUCAACGAUAACAGUCCUGUGUUCAAUGUAACCAGCGCUCAUAUUACCAUUCUGGAGAACACACCAGUUGGAACUAGUAUUACCAGUGUGUCAGCUACGGAUAUGGAUGAGGGCUUUAACGGAUUAGUGGUCUAUACCCUGAAAGGUGGAGAAGGAAAAAUGGAUAUUGAUGCCUCAGGAUUAAUUUUGCUCGAAAAAGAACUGGACAGAGAAAAACAAGGCUUCUAUAACUUAACUGUGAUUGCCAGUGACCAAGGCCAGCCCGUGCAGUCUACAGCUCUCAAUUUGACAGUCAUCAUUGCUGAUGUAAAUGACAAUUCUCCAGUCUUCUCAUCAAAUAGAUAUGAAGUGAGUGUUACUGAAGAUGAAGUGGUUGGAAGGGCACUACUGACAGUAUCUGCUACUGAUUUGGAUGCUGAGGCCAAUGCCCUUGUGAAGUACAGAAUUGUUGGCCAGCACCCUCCAACCUCCUCGCCGAUGUUUCUUGUCAAUAUGACCACAGGCCAGCUCAGCCUGAGCCAGCAGCUGGAUUUUGAAGCCAUAAAGCAAUUUGAAUUAGAAGUGGAGGCAUCAGAUGGAGGGCAGCCAAGCCGCAGCACUACGACAGUUGUUACUGUGCACGUACUAGAUGUCAAUGAUAACCCACCAGAAUUUAAUCAGGCAGUUUAUGAUAUAUUUCUGUUUGAAAACCUACAAAAGGGUAGUCCUAUCUACACAUUCAGUGUUACUGACGCGGAUGAGGCUGGCUUUUCUCAAGGACACUUUAUUCAUAACAGUACUUUGUUUGCUGUGGAUAUCCCCGGAAUACUUUCAUUAAGGAAUGAUACAGAACUGGACAGGGAGACUACAUCUGGAUUUACUUUAAAAGUAUGGGCAAUUGAUGCUGAAACGAAUGGGCUUAAUUCAAGUGCCUUGUUCCACAUCACUGUUCUGGAUGUCAAUGAUAAUAACCCAGAGUUUCAGAUGCAGCCAUAUCGAUUUGCGAUUCUGGAAGGAGAUUACACGUUGGGUACUCCUGCUAGAGUUGGACACGUGACUGCUACUGACUUGGAUGAGGGAGAGAAUGCACAAAUUACUUAUUACUUAUCAGCUGAGGAUGGGGAUAAUCCAUACAGCAUCCAACAGGAUGGAACCAUUUUGGCUGAUAGCUAUUUAGACCGAGAAACUAAAGAGAAGUAUGAGCUGCUGUUGGUGGCAUCUGAUAACGGAGUACCUCAAAGGCAGAAUUUCACAUAUGUCAGCAUUCAAGUAUUAGAUGUGAAUGACAACCCUCCGCAAUUUACAAGAGCACAAUACUCGGCAAAUGUUCUUGUAGCAACAGCAAAAGAAGGAGUGUCUGUACUCACAGUGUCUGCUAUUGACCUCGAUGUUGGGAACAAUUCUCUUAUUUCGUACAGCCUCAUGAACGAUUCUGAUGAUUUCCAAAUAAAUAGCCGCACUGGAGAAAUCACUUGCAGGAGUAGCUUGGACCAUAUCACAACUGACACAGUUGUUACACUGAUAGUUAUUGCUGCUGAUCAUGGGGUUCCUCAGCUUACAUCAAAUGGGGGAUACCAGAGUGGCUUCCGUGAGAAGCUACUAGAAGCUUCCCCCAUGCCCAAUAAAGCCAAUGCCAGCCGGCUCCAAGAAGGACCCACUGCUGGCCAAGGUCAAGCCCAUCACCCAACCAUGGUAGCGCCUCUCCUCAUGAACGAUUCUGAUGAUUUCCAAAUAAAUAGCCGCACUGGAGAAAUCACUUGCAGGAGUAGCUUGGACCAUAUCACAACUGACACAGUUGUUACACUGAUAGUUAUUGCUGCUGAUCAUGGGGUUCCUCAGCUUACAUCAAAUGCCUCUGGUACUCUCUACUUGCUGGUAAACGACACUAGCUUUGGACUGACUUUUGAUAGCUCCAGCUAUGAGUUCAGCAUUCAAGAAAAUAAACCAGCUGGGACUGCUGUUGGCACUGUGAGGGCUGUGACUGGAAGCAUCGCUGUACGAGUAGAGUACUUUCUGAAAUCUCACAGCAACAAGUUUGCUGUUAACAACCAAGGAGACAUUGUGGCUCUGACCAGGCUAGAUCGAGAAGAAGACGACCUGUACAGCAUCAUUGUAGAAGCUGUUGAUUCUAUGAUACCACCUAAUACAGCUGUUGCUUUGGUAACUGUAAGAGUAAAUGACACCAAUGACAAUGCACCAGUUUUCUCAAGAUUGACCCAAACUAAGCUAUCAGCUCCUGAGAAUGCAGACAGUCUAGACUUGGGCCUAUUUUCUGCUACUGAUCUGGAUAUAGGAGUUAACGCACUUAUAACCUACUCUCUGGAAGAUGAUUUUGCUGGAAUGUUCCAUAUUAACAGUUCCACUGGCAAGCUGAUGACAAAAGAAUCCUUAGACAGAGAGAUGAUGGACAGUUAUGAACUGAAAAUAACGGUAACUGUAAGAGUAAAUGACACCAAUGACAAUGCACCAGUUUUCUCAAGAUUGACCCAAACUAAGCUAUCAGCUCCUGAGAAUGCAGACAGUCUAGACUUGGGCCUAUUUUCUGCUACUGAUCUGGAUAUAGGAGUUAACGCACUUAUAACCUACUCUCUGGAAGAUGAUUUUGCUGGAAUGUUCCAUAUUAACAGUUCCACUGGCAAGCUGAUGACAAAAGAAUCCUUAGACAGAGAGAUGAUGGACAGUUAUGAACUGAAAAUAACGGCCAUGGAUUCUGGCAAACCCUCGCUAUCUGCAAGCUUAGUUCUAAGCAUCACUGUAGAAGAUGUGAAUGACAACCCACCUGUGUUCCCCCAGAAAUCAUACUCUGUGACUGUAAAAGAGAAUGAGCCUCCACAUGUGAUUUUGAGUGCAGCAGCCACAGAUAAAGAUAUAGGGUACAAUGCCAUUAUUCAUUACACCAUAAUUGGAGAGACUUCUUCAUUUCAUGUUGGAGAACUUUCUGGAAAUAUAACAACUCUUCAACCUCUGGACUAUGAAAGUCGUUCCCAGUACACUUUUAUUCUGAAAGCUUUCAAUCCUGGAGAACCACAUCUCCAGGACACAGCAAACAUUACAGUUACUGUGGAAGAUGCUAAUGAAGAAGCACCUGUAUUUGACAAGCCCUCAUAUCACCAGAUCCUUCUAGACAAUUCUACAGCUGGAACACUGGUAGUAGAUAUCAAUGCAAGAGAUGAAAGCAAGGGUUAUGAUGAAGGCAUUUUCUACAAUAUUUCAGGUGGAAACUCAGAUGGCCUCUUUAGUCUUUCCAGUACCACAGGAGAACUCACAUUAACAAAAGAUUUAUCCAAACAGACUGUUCCCCUGUAUUACUCCUUAGUAGUCACAGCCACGGAUUCGGGUCUGCCGCCUCUUUCAAGUUCUGUAAAGGUGUCAGUAACGAUAGCUUCUGUCAGCCUGUCAUUCCCAGUGUUCUCUGAAGCAGCCUAUCAGCCUGCCCCUCUGAGUGAGAAGACGCCGCCAGAUACCUUUGUUAUACAGAUCAGUGCGCUGUAUAAGGUCCCUGUGACAUACAGUAUUGUAUCUGGAGAUGAAAAGGAGUAUUUCAUUAUGGAUUCAUCCACUGGUAUCAUCAGAACAAGAAAGCAUUUGAAACUGGAAGAUUUUCCAAUCGUUUUCAAUGUGCGAGCAACAGACUCGUCUAAUGCUGACAUAUUUAGUGAAGUUUCUGUGAACGUGGAAGUUAUUGAUGAAAAUGAUUUUGCUCCAGUUUUCCCAUCAUCUCUACUAGAAGAAAGAUUGGAAGAGAAUUUACUCCCUACUCAGAUUGUCCAGCUGAAAGCUCAGGAUAACGAUACAGGGAGAAAUGGUUUCCUAACAUAUGGCAUUCUCAGUGGAGACAGACUAAAAUUCAGGAUAGAUGAAGCAACUGGAGUUCUUUAUUCUACCACCUCCUUUGAUUAUGAAGAGGGACCCACAGAGUAUCAGGUUGUGAUAUAUGCUGAAGAUGAUGGAAUCCCUGAGAAGAGAAGAGGUUACUGCACAGUUGUCAUAAAGAUCAUUGAUGUUAAUGACUGGGCACCUGUCUUUGAUCCAGUGACUGAAUUCAGCGUGAAUGAAAAUGCGCCUGUGGGAUUCAUAGUUGGAAAAGUCACAGCAACAGACAGAGACACAGGAGACAAUGCAUUUGUUCUAUAUAGCCUUACAGGUGGUGGAGGAAAUAUAUUUGAAAUAGAUGAAAUACAUGGCAACAUUAAGGUAAAGAACUCUCCAGACUAUGAAACCAUGAAUAAAUACAACCUUACAGUGAAUGCAGUCAACAGUAAAUCUGCUCCUUUCCAUCAGGCAACUACUCAUGUCACUGUUCUAGUGAUUGAUGUGAAUGAUAAUGCUCCAGAAUUUGCUCAGAAAUCCUAUUCCGCUUCUAUAAACAUGAUUAAUCCUGUAGGUGCUCAUGUCAUAACUGUGAGUGCUACCGACAAAGAUCAGGGGCAAAAUGGCCUUGUUGAGUACUACAUCCUCCCAGAUCAAAACUUCAGCCCGUUCUUCCUGAUAGAAGAUGUGAGUGAGGGGAAAAUAAUUACAACUGGAAACCUGAUUACUUCAGGAGAGAUCUUUUUAACAGUGAUGGCUAAGGACAAAGGCUUUCCAUCCUUAAAUGACACCGCUGUGAUUACUCUUAAUGUGUUUGACAACCGUCCAUUUGUUCCUCGGUUUAAUGAAAGCAAAAUCAGCACUUCCAUCCCGGAAAAUACAGGAGUGGAUUAUUUAAUUCACACUUUUACUGUGGUUGAAACUUUAGGAAAACCAAUUAAUUAUACAGUUUUAUCCGGCAAUGAAAAAGGUCACUUUAGACUGGAUCCAAAAAGUGGUCAGCUGAGAACAGCAAUUAAUUUGAACUAUGAGGAAGUUUCUCAGUAUGUGAUUUUAAUUCAAGCAAAUGAAGAUCUCUCAUCUGCUGCAGAGGUCCAGCGUUCAGGCAUGUUUGCUCAAAAUGUGGCAAUGCUGACAAUCUCGGUGGAGGAUGUAAAUGAAGAGCCAGUGUUUUUGAAAAACAACUUCUCUGCUCGGAUACCAAACUCUGUGCCGUACAAGUACCCGGUUGUUACAGUUCAGGCCACAGAUCCAGAUUCAGGAGACAACGGACUUCUGCUGUACAGCUUGGUGACUAACCAAACAAAUGAAUUUGACAUCAAUGAAAACACAGGGGAGAUUUUUACAGUUUCUGUAGCGGGAAUGUCUGGAACAUUUUAUCUGGAAGUCCAAGCUGCAGACCAAGGCACAAGAAGACUCACAGCCCAGACAACAGUUAAUGUGACUGUUGAUUCCAGUUCCAGUAACAACUUGGUGGUGGCAGUGCUUAAUCAGAAAAUCAACGUUGUUGAAAAAAACAUUGCUGAAGUAAAAAGGGUCCUGGAAGAUAAACUUGAAUGGAAUGUUUACAUUGUUGAAGUUUACUCCAGUGAGUCUGAACGAAAAGCUAGAAGCAGCACUGAUGUAACCUAUGUAAAAAUUAUUGCUUUUGAUGAGACAAACCAGGAUGUACCUGCAGAAACUGUAAAAAGAAAACUUAGGGAGCAGAAGACUAACAUUGAGGGAGAACUAGAAAAAAUAUUCUCAAUGCCUGUUACUGCUACCAUAGAAGAGCCUCCUGCAGAACCAGCAGCUCCUGAACUCAUUGCAACGAUCGUCCUCGGUGUUCUGCUCGCCUGCACCCUCGUAGCCUGCCUGGCAUACGUACUUUUUACUAUCAGAAGGAAAAGAAAGCAUGACCAACAGCAUUUGGUUAAGAAGCAAGCUGAAACUGUGGAGGGUAUUGACAAUCUGUAUGCAAUUGAUGAAAAGGGAAGUCUGAGAAGCUUAGAGAAACUAGAGCAUACAAAUAAUGUGAAAAUGGAAGCAAUAGCGUUCAGCAAUCCGGAAGAUGCUGACAAAGACACCCUUCAGGCUAACGAAGGAUACGAUUACAUUGAGACACUGGAUCACAACAGCAAACAUGAAGAAAAUGCAGAGUCUGAAAAAGCCCCUGAACCUAGAAAUGUAGAUUCCCAGUCCCAUGCAGAAUUGACAAAACAGGAUGGCUUUCUCACAGAUACAAAGGAAGGGGCAACUUCUUCCUCAACACCUGGUCCCACAAAACAAGCCCCUGACAAAAUUAAAGGGGUGAAAUUUUCAGAAGUGGCAGUAAUUUUGGACACAGAGUCUGAAGAUGAUGAGUGUGACGAUAAUGAAGUUUUUUAAUCAGUAAGAUGAAGCAAACUUUUAGGAAAACCACACUGACUAGUCCCUGGAACACUACAGAAUUAAACGAGCCAUAAGAAUAUGGGAAUGCUAUCCAGAGAUUAAUUGCUGCUACUCUUCUUUGUGCUGUUAGAGACGGACAAGAAAGACAAGAAGCACUGGGCUGGAAAGGCGGUUUUAAUGUCUUAUGGCACGUGGGAAAGGGCAAGACAAUAAAACCGAUCCCAAACGC